AAAUAAGUUGAAAGAUCGAAAGGAUAAAAUGUACAAGAGUAUACGUAAGUAAAUAUAUAUAAAGAAAGAAAUGCAAGAAGAAGAAGGAACAAGGAACAAGGAACGUAGCAUGGAAGAGAGUAAGAACAAACGAGUUAAAGGCUCUACCAAUAAGGAUAAAAAGAAGGAUAUUGGAGGGAUGAUCAUUGUGAAAUAGAAACGGUUGAUUGAGAAUGUGGGGUAAAAACGAAAUUUGUGGAAAGUUGGCGAAAAGAUGACGGUGGGUGCUGCCACCUGCGUGGAGGGCGUGGCGCUAGUUCUAUCGGAGUUUAGUUUAACGAGAGCUUUGGCACGCGUCGCACAACUCUGGAGCAGCACUCGUGUCGCUUCGGCCAGCCGCGUGAGAGUGAGAGAGAGAGGGUGGGAGGAGCGCGAGAGGUGAACGAUGGUGAAGGAAGAGAGAGGUGGGAAACGGUGAACGCGAGCAAGAUAGAGAGAAAGGACAACGACGAGAAGACUAAGGGGAAUACGAGACGGAAAAGGACAGAUUUAUAGAGUGGAUUGAGUAUAUACGGUAACAAGCAGUGAGACGGGUGUAUGAGUGUAGAGGAGAAAAGCGGAUUGACGACGACGAUGAGGAAAGAAAAGUAAUGAACGCGAAGAUGAAUGAAGAACCAUUCGGAUGCAGUUGAUGUUGCGGCGAUGAGGAAGGUUCCCGAGUGGAGGACGCGGUACGCGUUGGUGCCGCUAGAACGAAGGAUAGCAGAUUUGAAAUCACGGUGCUGAUCGUAGAGACGAGAAAAGCACAGAAGCGGCAGUGACCAUGGCGCCCCUGCUCGCAUGUAAACAGUGCUUCAUGCUCGAUGCACGCUUCGAGAGUAACGUAACUAGUGCCAGCAUUCUUACGGAGAGUAAACAUAGUUUCAGUGGUUGUCACCGUCAUCGUUAUCGUUAUUUCUCACGUUCCAGUCGAUUUCCCCGAAUCCGAUGAACAACCAUCGAAAUCGCAAUCGAGAAGUUGCCGAAAAUAUCGUAGACGUCCUGAGGCAAGACGGUAUGGACGGUAGAGACGAGUCAUGAUCCUCGUCCUGCCGCGUCACCGUUAUCCUCAUCCUCGUUCUCGCCGUCGACGUGGUGGUUGUCGUCGCCGCCGCCGCCGCGCGAAACCGUGCUCCGGUCGUUUGUGUUUGUUGAUUCGUCGUCGAUGCGUCGAACGUGUGUGCGCGUGCAAGACGCUGAACCGAACUUACGAACGACGGUCAAACGUGAUUGAUGCGUGACGCAUUCAGCUGCUACCUAACAAGUGGUAACGAGUCCGAGAAACAAGUACGUUUUUUUGCUCGAUACUUUUUUCUUUUUCUUUCUGUGUAUCUUUUACGAGAUUUUCAUUCGUGUUUGCUUAUUUUCUUCGCAUUCAGUGAUAAUCGAAUAGUGAUCGGAGUACAAAAAAGAAGCACAUAUAACCUAAACGAACGUGUACCGUGAGAAUAGCGCGAGAAUAACGGUGUUAUAACAAAUCUCAUCAAAUUUUACACGUGUGAAAUUCAUCUUCAACCUUGAACCGUUAUUCGUGCAAAGAAAUUGUCUUAACCUUUUUCUUUUUUGGAAGAAUUGGAAUUGAUCCGACACGCAAGAGCGAACGUAGUCUGUUGCAUCAAUCACGAAUCUGGGGCCCGUUCGUGCCGCGAAACGAGCCGCGAAAUUCAGUGACUCGCACGCUUACGAUAGAAAGAACGUGGUUCGUGCGAGUGUUAACACGCGAACGAUCGAUAACGAGAAUCGAUCGCGCAUCGUGACUCGAUCCGAUCGUUCGGUAGUGAGGCAAGUCGAUUGCAAUGGUGUUGCACGAAGUGAUGAUCUACUGCGUGAUCGAAUUCGGAAGAAGCUCAACACCUUUGUGUUGCCCCCUGCUAUUCACUCAUACGUACAGAAGACUGAGGUGUAUUAUUCCGCACUCCAAACAACAUAUCGCUUAUCCACCAUAAGUGGAAGAAGGUGAUGGCCCGUACCACGCGCUCGCGACGAAAAAUGGCGAACACGACUGAUGCUCCCUCGCCCGCGAGCAGCCUUUUGUCGUCCACCACGACAACCCCGUUCACCGGCCCGACAUCGACAACCUACUCCACCGAGGGCUAUACCUUCAAUUACAGCGGCUUGCCCAGCCUAGGUGGCUACUCGUUCGAGGACUUGAAUUACACGGAACUGUGGGUGGACGUGUGGAACAGUACGGAGGCCAGUAACGCGACCGAGAGGUUAAAUGCCACUGUAUUGUCAUCGGGAGGAGGCUAUUGCGACGAGUGGGAGGCGGCGCAGCACAAACUCUUCCAGGCGGCGAAUCUGUUCUUCGCAGCGGCGUUCCUGGUGCCGCGCUCGUUCAAGGCUUCGGUACUGGCGCUCCGCACCUUUCUCACGGCCGGCUUCAUGUUGGCCGCCCUGUGGGCCGGGAUCACGAUAUGCGCGUUGGACGCGAUGCUCUGGUGCCUCGCCCUCGGCCUCCUCAACGGCAUCCACUCGCUCAUACUAGCCUGUCGAUUUCUGCCGCCCGCGCUCAGUCCGGAGCUCGCCGAGCUCUAUCUCAAACUGUUCAAGCCGUACAAGGUGAGCAAGAAACACUUCCAGGAGCUGGCCAAGGAGGCGAGGAUAUUGAAGCUGGACUCUGGUCAAACGUACGCGACGGAAGGCGUCACACCUGCCGACGAACGGCUGUCGAUACUGUUGCGCGGCAAGCUGAAGGUGACCUGCGACGGGACGCACUUGCACUACAUCAAAGCUUAUCAGUUCGUGGACUCGCCGGAAUGGGAGGCCACGCACGUGAACAUCAACGACGUGUUCCAAGUGACGAUACGAGCCGAGGAGUCGAGCACCUACAUCUGUUGGACCAGGAUCAAGUUGCUCAGGGUACUCAGGCAUAGGCCCCUGCUCAAGGUCGUCCUCAACACCCUCAUCGGUAAGGACAUUACGUCCAAGUUGUACGCCCUUAACGAGCAGCUCGCUGGAGUCGCCGCGACCAGUGAGACAACCACGUCGAAUCCUUACAGGGGUGUCGCGAGAAGUCUUAGCGUCGACGCUGUAAACACCGAAACUGCCGGAAGAGUACGAUCGACGACGUGGAAGGCACAGAGGAGGCACAGUAAUCCGCGUAGCGACAGGAGCUCCCCGUCACGGUACUCGCAUCAGUACUGGGCGCCCGUCGUGGCCAAUCACUUCCCGCCCACUUCGCCGUUCACCCAAGGCCAGAACCUCGGCUACACGUUACUGCCGCAAGGUGUACAGUUUUCACCACCGCCACGGGCACCCUUCUUCUCGCACCAGCCGUUGACGAGGCAGCGCAGCGGAGGGGCGAGCGGCGACUACACCCUGCUACCUCAAACACCCAAGCUCGAGAGGAAACGGUCGAAAAAGGGGACGAGAGAGGUAACGUUCGAGACGCCCGUAUGACGGUCGCUCGACGGGGAGGGCCCUGCGAGCGUACCUCUUCUUUCGCUAUCGCCGCAGCGUUCCGCCUAGCCCCGUCGAGACCUCUCGCCACGGUUGUUCGUCCUCGAAAGAACGCCGCCGCGUCGAGCGGAUCGUAGCGAAUCGCGCGGCCUCUCGCCAGCCGCCGCUGCGGUGUGCGAUCGCGUCGCCUCCACGGACGGACACGGACGGACUACGAACGCUCCGAGCACGGUUUCUCGAACUGUGCGCCUGUGUGCGUGUGUGCGCGCCUGUGUGUCCACGUUUCUCGCAUAACGCGUGUGCCUGUACCUAUGCGUGCAUGCGUGUCGUGUGCCUGCGUGCGUGCGUGUGUGUGCGCGUCGAGCUCCGCGACUAAUUCGCGGAAUGGACGAAGACGCGCAAAAGAUCAGACCAUGUUCAUAUCCCGCAAGUGCUACUACGCCUUACACGUAAUAACUGAUAAUAUUACACGCAGAGAGCCACGUGCACCUACAUACCUAAACCGAAAUCUUAAACCGUGUGUUCGCGAUCGAUGUACCGGUGAGAGGAGCGCGCGUGUUGUUCUUCACCAGUCAUCUGUCCUUCUUCCUUUUCUUCUCCUUCUUCUUCUUUUUCUCCUCCUCCUUCUCCUUCUUCUUCUUCUUCCUCUUCUUCUUCUUUUUCUUCCUCGUCGAAAUCUGGGAGAGGAAAGUGAGACGGGACUUUGGAAACAGUUUGGAAGAACGAAAAGUCUCGGUUCCACUAGGAGGAAACUGGGACGAAGAGGAAAGUUAGGCGGGCAGGUGAUGACGAAGGAGAGAUCGGGAAGAGGGAAGAGAGAAGUCUGUCGGUAAUUGGAAUCACGCGCUCGAUCGUUGGAACAUUGGAUCCUUCGAGUUUGAAGAGGAUGGAUGAGAAAGUGGAGGAAGAAAGGUGGGUUCGCGUUUUAUAUUCGAAGAGAAAGCCGACGAAACGGUUGGUCCUCCAACCCCUAUUAGAGGGAUGCUUUGUCUCUCCCUCGUUUCCCGUUUCGCGUUCGUUUACACACGAGUGAUCUCCGAUCGGUUCCCGAUCCAUCGUCGUAAUAAAAAAGGAAAAAAAGGGGAGGAGGAGGAGGAGGAGGAGGAGGACAUCCCGGGGGAAAUUCAACGCGUUUGCUAAUUAUCGCUGGAAUGGGAACGCGAGAACGGCGAACGCGUCGAUUCUAGAGAACGAUUUAAACGAAAAUUUAAAGGAAGAUUAAACAAAAAUUAGAUUAUAUUGUAUACUUCUGACGAGCGUUGACGCUCGCGUACACAUUUACAUCGACUGUGAUUAUAACGGAUAUAAUUAUUAAGUCUUUCAAAAAGAAUACCGAGUAUCUGAACGGUACGGAAAAUUGGGUAUGGGAGAAACCGAGUUAACGAGUUGGAGAGAUUUAGGAGGUCCUCGAGAUCGAUAAAUUCAAAGGCGUGACCGUUAAUUUCCGAAAAAUUUCGCGAAGAAUAGCUUUCGAUAUUGUUUUUUAUGAAAAUCUAAUUAAUUCGUAAAAUUUAUAACGUAUAUAAGAAAAAAGAAAUUCGAGCUAUUAUAUCUCAAUCUUAAGGAAUCGAAUUGUCGAAUGUGUUUAACAAUUUCGAUCGAAUGAUUCGUUUCUUUAACGAGCCACGUUUUUUUUCGAGAAAAAUGAAUUUUACGCAAUUAAGCAGGUAACGGAAAAGAAGAACGAUGGAAAUUUCGUUCGUUUAGUUUGGCCGAUGAAAAAAGGAAACGAUUAAUUUGGAUGGGGGACUCGUUCUAUCAGAAAUUCAUCGGCUCGCGUGUCCACGUCUGAAUCGCGAUAUCGAUCUCUCGAGGACGGGGAGUAAUCGGGUUUCGCGAGGUCGAAUAAGAUAAACGAGCGAAAGAAAAAGGGAAGAGAAAGGGGAGGAAAAAAUGCGAGAACGCAGAAUUUCGAACGACGGAGAUAAACGACGGGGAUCGUUGCAUCCAUACCUGAAACGAUAAGAAAAAAAAAAUAAUAGACGAACGAAGGAACAACAGGUAAUACCGUUUAGGGGUAACGAUAACGGGAGAAAGGAAAAAACGAAUUAUUAAAAGAAGAAAAGGAGAAAACGACGAAGAUAAGAGAACGAACGUAAUCUCCAGAUGUAACGCAAUAAGUGCUUCGUUAAAAUGAAAAAAAAAAAAAAACCUGCAAUAAAGUGCUUCGAAAAUAAAAUAAACCAAAUAAAAAUAAAUAAAUAAGUAAAUAAAUAAAAUAAAUGAAUAAAUAAAUUAAAAAUAUAAAAUCGUAGUUGAUUAUCGAGAGGAUUAACGGAGGUUUAUCGUUUAAACGCGAACCUUAGGGUUAAAUUAAUUAAUUACGUACGCGUCGCGCGAGAAUAAAGAGAAAAUAAAAGGAAAAUAAACAGAGAUAAAUAGAGCACGUGUAGUAGAAGAAGAAAAAAAAAAAGAGACGAAUAUUAAAAGAAAAAGAAAAAAGAAAAAAAAAGAAGAAAAUAAAACAAUGUGUGUUUGUAUGUUUCUAUGUUUAUAUAAUCCCCGCGUGUGAGAACGAGGCCGUAGAAGAUCUAUCGAGACGCACAAACGAUUAAAACGAAAAAAAAAAAAACGAAAUUAAAAAAAAUAAAGGAAAGGAAAAGGGAGGGGAAGGGGGAAGGGAGUGAAGAGAGUGCGCGCGAUUCGAGUUGAAGUCGUGACAGCGUUAUGAUGGGACAGAGAACCGGAAGCAGGUGCGUGUUUGAUGCAACAACGAUCAAGCGAACCGUUGCGUUUGUUGUAAACGUGUUCCGUUGCGUCGAUCAGCCUUGUAACUCGUGUACUCCGCGUUGUUCUUGGGCUACGUUCGUCGGAAAAUAUAUCCCCGUGAUCGAUAGAACGAUCGUUGUAAAACGGACGAUGUGUUUGAACGUGGAACAUAUGUUGCAGUUGAUAGCCACUGCCGUAGAAAUUGUGAAUAUAAAUAUGGGUAACGUAAAUUUAGAGAGAUAUUGGGUUGAACGGUUGAAGUGAGUUUGGGAUCGUUUCGGUUGUCCAACGAGUUAUCGGGGAAGCGAAUGAUUAAUUUUUACGCUUCUUUUCUUACUCGCUGAUAAAAAUCACGUAUUUAAUUUUUAUUAAUUUCUAUCGCGAGAGAAAGAGAGACUAGAGAGAGAGAGAGAGAGAGAGAGAGAGAGAGAGAGAGAGAGAGAGAGCGAUAAUUAUAUCAUCAUAUUUGACCGCGUUUAUAAAUAUUUUUACGAACAAAUUUUCUUUAAUAAAAUGUUCUUUGAUUAUGAAAGAAUUCGCGAUACAACGAAAUUCAAGAUAAUAAUCCCAAACUUACGAACGAUAGUAUAAGGAUCGGAGAUGAGAAAUGUUUCGUUUUGUUAUUAAUUAUUCGUCGAAAUGAUACGAAUGAUAUUUUUUUAAUAAUUGUACAUAAACGUAAAAAAGAAAAAAAAAUAAAUAAAUCGUGUUUACCCAUUAUCGAACGAAAAUGUACCUGUUUUUUAAUUAAUCUCGAGACGACAUUUAUCUCUCUAGAUUUACUACCAGCUUAAAAACAACAUUAAAAAUAUCAAUGUUUCGUCUAUUUUCAAUCGUGUCAUAUUUUUGACAAAAAUCAGCAAUUUAGUCAUGUUAUAUACGAACAAUAUAAUUUGCAAUUAAUUAUCUUGUUAGCGGAAUUAAAUAUUAUUUACAGUGCGACGCAGAAUUUUAUUAAAAUUAUUGGAACAACUCGCUUCGCGCCAAUCACGUACACGAGAAUCAAUUAUAUUCGUAUAUGCAUAAUUAUUAUUUUCACCAACGAUUUUCAAAAAGGAUCGGUUCGAUCAGGUAAGUUAUCCAUUAAUUAUAAUUCAAAAAAAAAAAAAAGAAGUACGUUUGGAAGAAGUCGGAGAAAGUCGAACAAAUUUUCUUUAUCUAUAGAUAAUUCCAUAGAGAACGAUUUAACGAACUUGUACGAUACGCUAUUACAUGGUCCAAUUAAUGAAAAUGAAACGCACACGCCGCGUUUACGCGGAAAAAUCGCGUUGGAGACGAGAAAAAAAUAAGCUCUUCCAGCUUGGAAUAGUAAUCGCUUUUCUAGCAGAUGUUACGCUAUCGUAUACCUUUGAUAUUUAAUCCGCGUAGGAAAUAAAGGAUUCUCGAUCGAUUUCGAUCGAGCUAGUGUAAAAUACACGCAUAAUAUCGUAAUCUAUAGUCUUCUAUGACAAUACGUAAGAGUAGUAGAGAUCUCGGAAAUCUAAUUUCUCUGUGGUCGUGUCGAAUACAGCGAUCGUACAGCAGACAGACACACGUAUUUACAUAACGACGCGCUUAUAUUUUUAUAUAUGUAUGGUAAGAGAAUUGUAAAAUAAUAUCGUUAUAUAUUAUUGUACAUAGGAGACGGUAGUAUUAUACAGUACGAUGAUCAAUCGCGCGUUCUAGCGUUUCGAAAAUUUUUAACACGUUUCCGUGCAAUCGUAUUCUUCCAUGUAUCUGAAUAUUCGUCGCGUAUAGAUCGCCGUGCGUCUCUCUUUUUAUUUCCAACCGCACCUUUUCUAUUAUUUUGUCGAUCGAUGCGCGUUCUUUUUUCAACGAGCAUCGUCCUUCGUAUAUUUCGUUCGAAAAUUCGAUUUUGCACGUAAUGUUAUUAUCUGGUGCAACGAUUUUUGCAAUCGCGUUCAUCGAAUCUAUGCAAGUUAUACGAAUGAUAUUGUACAUUGGUUUUUUUAAAAAAUACGCAAGAAAUACUAUAAAAUUUGAUCGAUGCGUUUUUAAAUACGUAUCAAAGAGAAAUUAUAACGUUUUCAUCUUUCUGUAAGCAAGAAAUUUCGAUACAAUUUUAUGAAAUACGUUGAAAAUGAAUCCACAAUUGAUCAAACUUUUUUUACCAAUUUUAAUUUACGAUAAUUAAUUUUUCACGAUACGUCUCGAUUUCUUGGGGCUAUUAUCCUGAAAGAAAGAACGAGAUGCAAUCUGAACUGGUAAUCUUCAUCCACUGGUAGUAGCCCAUUCAACAAGUUACAUUAUUUCGAUUAAAAUUUGCAAGGCUGACACUUGUCGCUAGUUCCAGAUUUAAAGUAUCUGGCGAUUGAUUCGUUGAAUACAUCGGAUAUUGCCAGUCGAAGAGUUAAAUAUUGACUAUAGAAAGCAAGACGGCCAGUGUCGAUCGGUGGUAAUGGUAUCAGUAGUAGCGAAUCGUACAAAUCAGACGCCGUUCGAACCAUCGGAUUCUCCAACGCUCUUAUUAUAUCUCGUACGCUUUUUUUUUAUCGAGAAAGAAAUAAAUAGGAAUAAAAAUCAUUGAAACGAUAUAAAAAUAGAUAUCCUUCAUUUCUGGACAAAAGAAUUGGAAAUAUAGAAAGUGAAUAUUAAUAUGUAAGAAUUCGCAGUAGAUAAAAUAUAUCGAUAAUGGAGAAAUGUUGCAAACGUUACAAAUAUCAUAAACGUUAUAUUUACUUUAUAAUUUUAUACUUAUUUUGCCUUAUAAAAUAUAUAAUAAAAAUUAAUCAAUAACGUUUUAAAAUUCGACAAACACGAAUAUUGAUAUUUAACAGCGUGAAAUUUUUAUACUCGAUGAAUUUAUUUAUUUAUUUUUUUUUAUUCCAAAGAAGUAAAGAAACAUCCCGUUUAUCGAAUAUUUCUAUUCUAUUUUUGAUAACGUUAACGAUAGAAAUAUGAUAAUUGGAAGAGGCAUCGCCACGACGUUAUUCCUUAUCAUGGAAACGGAAAUAUUUUAAUUGAACUCGAUACGUAGAAUUCCUUCCACGUCAACUACGUUAUAGGUCAUAUUUUCCCCCCAUUAACAUCCAUCACGAAUUCACGUGGAAACGAUAAAAGAGGAAAUUAAUUAUCGUUCCAUUUGUUUCGGUAAAUUCAAGAGUAUCGUCGACGAACCUUUGUCUCUAUACCGGUAUCAUUAUAUCCAAUUACAUCGCAUGCGAGUUUCUCUAAAGCAACGAUCGUUUCUUAAUUCCCGACCGACCAAUUUCCAAGAAUUCUUACUCUUUGAUCCGUUCGUAAAGGAUGAUCGUUCCGUUUCGAUUUCAUCGAUGGAAAAAGAUGAAUUUUGUUGGGAAGAUGAGGAAGGGAGAAACGAAGAAAAAAAAAGAAAGAAAAGAAAAAUGAAAGAACGUAAACAACAAUUAUGACGUCGCGUAAUGAGAAAGAUGGCGUGGAACACACGUUCUACGUGUCCCGGUUCCUCGAAUUCGUCGAUAUUGGCAUGAAACCAGCUGAGCGACGAACGUCUGGCUUGAUUUUAGGCCGAGUUAUUUACAUACGAAUGGAGACCGAACCGAAUGCAUUUGCCAAACAUUUUUUUUUUUCUUCUCAAUCCUGGUCCAUACGCUCGAUAUUUUCGACAUCCGCAGGCCGGUCGCACGGUAUGUCUCGUAUAAUAAUGCGAACAGCAAUGAGUUUGGAUAAAGGACAGUUGGUGAUUCAUCGGAUGUGCACGUUCAAUCGUUAAUUGUUUAACCGAUAAUGUCGUUUCCGGCCUCCACGCUCCGAGUGUAAUUAGCACCUGAAAUAGCUUUUUCGCACGUCCUCUCUCUACCUCCUCUAUUUUCACGAUCGGUUUUCAACUUUAAUUUCACCACCUUUAAAAUCCCGCAAAUAAUUCUGCGCAUAGAUUUACAUACGCGGUACAAAUUUCUCGCCAGAUAUUUGCAAAUUUUUUGCCGAUUAUAAAAUUUCUAUCAAUUUAAAAGAAAGAUGGUUCGUUUGUGCAAAUUCCUAUUUUCCGACGAAACGUAGCGUUUCCGUGCACCACGGUAAAACGAAGAAUCCUUUUUUAACGUUGUUUCGCGUUAACCGGUAGAGUAGCGAACGGAAAGGCGUGUAAGGAUAAUUGGGAUCGAGACGAGAAGAGGAGGGGAAAUUCGCGCAGAAAAAGAGAAAAAGGAAACGAAACGAUGGUAAAAAAUCAACAACAGCACUGUAUAUUAUAUUACUAUUAUUUAUUAUUAUUACGACAUGUUCGUUGACUAUUAUGUUAGAAAUAAAAAGUACAUUGAGAAA